AUGUCCGACCCAAUUCCCUUUCCACACCCCAGUCCCGCCGAAGAAUAUGCCGAAGAAUUCCCUUUUCCUACGACCAGCAGCCGUCAGAGCUUGGAGCGCGAACCUACAGCAGAUGACAGCCCAUACAUAGGGCUGCAGGCGCCCACCACGCCCACCACGCCUACCACGCCCGAGCCUCGAAUCCAAGUACCUGAAAUUGAGCCCCAAGUCGAAGCUCGUAUCCGAUCCCCCAGAGUGCGCUUUCGCUCUUUGAGUCGUCUAAGUGACCGAUACCUCCACCCAUCUGAUUCCCAUCGAGUGUUCUCCGAAAAGUCGGACGCAUCCAAUGAUCCAUUGUUGCCGCCCGCGGAGUUGAGCAAUGUUCCUCUGCAUUCCGGAACCGUCACCCCGCCGGCCCCCGCACAUUCCCGCAACGCCGGCGGUCACAGUCCCCAUGUCGAUUUCUCAGAGAAAGAAGAGCCGGAUUCUGUCGAGCGAACUUCUUCUGCGCGCGACCGGUUCAAAGCUGCCGGCCAGCUCCUCCGCCAGAAGACCACUCGCUUGACGGAACGCCUCGGUCGCCCCACGGACGAUGGCGAGGCCCUCAACGCCUCCCUCCUACCAGACGACUUUGACAAUAUCCCCUUGGAAGAACUGCAGGCCCGCCGCGCCCGUCGCGAUGCCGAUCACUUGCGGUCGUUGGAAGCGGGCGAGGAGGUCACCCAGCCUGCUCCGAGUGCUGAGGCUCAUCGCCUGGUGCGCAGCAUGACCAUGGUGGGGGACAGACUGAAGCGCAAGCCUCGUGGCGCGUACCAGCGGUCUGGCCAGACUACUCCCGAAGGCUUGCUGCGUGACUACACGGCCGCUGCUCGUCGUCGAUCGAGUAACUUUGGCGGCGGAGGCAGUGGCAUUUUGUCACAAUUGUUGAAGUUGCAGGCCGUGCAGACGGGGGGCUCGUCGCGUCCGGAGAGUGUCAUCACCGAUGACUCGGAUAGCGAUACACAGUUUUCUUCUGGUGGUACGACGCCCAAGAAGGGCUCGCGCUCCCCGUCGAUGUUACCGUCUAUGCCACCGUCGAUGCCUACCUCGGGUGCUGCCACCCCGCGCAAAGAGAAGCUCAAAUGGUACAAAAAGUCGGCUCACCGGUCGACCUCGUCGCUGGUGGGUGCCUCGAUGAACUUUAGUACCACCAGCUUGCCGGCGGCUGUUGAUGCUAUGCCGCCGAAUAAGCGGCCUAAGAAGAGUAAGCGUAAGACGCGCUUGGAGGAUGAGAUUCGGGUUACGGUACAUAUUGCCGAGAUCAUCUCUCGUCAGCGUUAUAUCAUGCAGCUCUGUCGAGCGCUUAUGCGCUACGGUGCCCCUACUCAUCGUUUGGAGGAGUACAUGCAGAUGACUGCGCGGGUACUGGAGGUUUCGGGUCAAUUCCUGUACCUCCCUGGCUGUAUGAUCAUGUCGUUUGACGAUCCAGCCACCCGUACCGCUGAGGUUAAGCUGGUGCGGAUGGUACAGGGUGUUGAUCUUGGACGAUUGGCUGAUACACACAACGUGUAUAAGAACGUCGUCCACGAUCUGAUCGGUGUCGAGGAGGCUAGCCAAGAGCUGGACGAGAUCAUGCAGCGCAAGCCACGGUAUAACAAGUGGUUGGUCGUUUUGCUGUAUGGCAUCGCCAGUGCCGCGGUCGGCCCCUUCGCAUUCGAAGCCCGCCCAAUCGACAUGCCUAUCAUCUUCUUCCUUGGUUCCCUGGUGGGCUUCAUGCAACACGUUCUCGCCCCUCGAUCCGUCCUCUACUCCAACGUCUUCGAAGUCACCGCCGCCAUUCUAACAUCCUUCCUCGCCCGCGCUCUCGGUAGUAUCGAAGUCAACGGCAGUCGUUUAUUCUGUUUCUCCGCCCUCGCUCAAUCCUCCAUCGCCCUCAUUCUCCCUGGCUUCACAGUCCUCUGCAGCAGUCUGGAACUGCAAUCACACCAAAUCAUCGCUGGCUCGAUCCGAAUGGUGUACGCCAUCAUCUACUCUCUCUUCCUCGGCUACGGCAUUACUGUCGGCCUCACUAUCUAUGGACUGAUGGACAGCAACGCCUCAUCUCAAACUUCCUGCCCCAACCUUGAUGUUUACGGAUCCGUCUACGUCCGAAAAUUUCCCUUUGUUGCUAUCUACGCCGUCUUCCUUGCUCUUGUCAACCACGCCAAGUGGAAGCAAAUGCCUGUCAUGGUCUUCAUCGCUACAGCUGGCUACAUUGCCAAUUACUUCAGCACCCUGAAAUUCGGCUCCUCGUCUGAAGUUGCCAACACCGUCGGUGCAUUCACAGUCGGUAUCCUGGGUAACCUGUACAGUCGUCUGUGGCACGGUCACGCCGCCACAGCCAUCUUACCCGGUAUCUUUGUGCUCGUGCCCUCGGGCCUCGCAUCCAGUGGUUCCCUCCUCUCAGGACUGAAUUACGCGAACGAGGUCAUUGCUGGCAACACGUCAUCAACCAGUGACUCCGACACAUCCGUCUCCAGUCUCGGAUUCGGAAUGAUCCAGGUUGCCAUCGGUAUCACCGUCGGCUUGUUCAUGUCUGCUCUUAUCAUUUAUCCCUUCGGCAAGAAGCGCACUGGCUUGUUCAGCUUCUAA